UGAAGCCGUUCUUGGUCGUUGUCAGCAACCAACGUACACAGUUUAACAACCAGGAACAGAAGGACAGAAGCGCUUUAAUCAGAUAAUAAAUGAUUAAUAACAGACUGUUUCUGGUUUUAUAAGGUUGUCGGUGAACCUGCUGGUGUCUCGGUGAAUAUCUUCUGUCGGGAUGAAUCUCGGAGACGGCCUGCUGUUUGAACUUGAAAACGGAAAACCCAAGUUGAUUUUACUCAGUCAUGGCGUUGAGAAGAACCCAACAAAGCAGCAGCUCUCCUUGAGGCCCAGAGCAUCAAACAUCCUGAGCUCCAGGCAGCCGAGCUGUGUGGAGGAGGUGCAGGGAGGAGCCCGCCAGCAUGCAGGGAGGACCAGAGAACCCAGGAGCAAGGCAGGAGGAGCAGCCACCUCCUUCACCUCCAACAACAACACUACUACUACUACUGCUACCACUGGGGGGAGGAGCUCCACUCUGACAUCAUCCAAGACGAAUGAGCAUCACAGAGCGGUUAGCAUCAAAACUGUAGCCAAGGUGAAGUCAGACAGACACAAACACACCACCACUGUUGGCUCCCUGAGAGCUAACGGGAGAACAGCAGGACCUCCUCAGAACAACGGGACACACAGCGGAGGGACGGUUGGACUAAAGACAGCUGUGAAGGACAGCGUGGUGAGUCUGACCAGUGAUCAGCUGCAGCAGAUCCUCCUCUCAGUCCAGACCUGCAGCAAGGACCAGCAGCCUCCAGAGGACCACAGCACCCAGGAAUCAAAGCCUGACUCCUCACUGAACGGUGAAGGAGGAGAAGGAGAGCUGAAGGAGGAGGACAGAGGAGGAGGAGGAGGAGCUGGAAGACCACAGGAUAAAGACAACAGGUUGUCUGGAUGUCCGUUCAGCUGGCUGGAGGAGCAACAGUCACACAGCAGAGCAGCCAUCGACGCCAAGAAGGCUCAGUGGAGGAGAGAACUAGAUGAGCAGGUUGCUCUGAAGCAGCAGCAGCAUCGUUUGUCUCCGGGCAGACUACAGGCGGAGGAGGACCGAGGGAGCGUGUUAUCGGUCCAGAGCUCCUUCAGCCUCAGAGAGACUCUGAGACAACCUGCAGCCAUCAGGUCCAGCCUCACGCUCGGGGAGGUGAUCCCGAUGGAGGAGGUGCUCUGUGACGAGAGGAAGGAGGAGCAGAGGAGGCGCUGGCUGGAGGAGCUCAACAGGCAGAGAGAGGAGACGACGGAGCGCAGGAGACGAGAGAAGGAGCUGCAGAGACAGACUGAGGACCACCAGCUCUGGACCGCACACUUUGACUCCCUGCAGAGAAAACCUCCAGUCCAGACUGCUACUCCCUCAGCUCCUUCAGCUCCUCCUCCAGCCUCCUGCAGCUCUGAGCGAGGGGAGUGGGAGCCCUCCUCCAGCCUCUCUCUGGUCUGGGAGGCAACCAGCAGCUGUGGAGCAGAGAGUCUAGCUGGAGCUAGCAUCGACUCCAACGGGUACUCCACCAGAGCCAGCUAUCUGAGGACCAUGACCGCCCUGCUGGACCCGGCACAGAUAGAGGAGAGGGAGAGGAGGAGGCUGAAACAGCAGGAGCAGCAGCGAGCGAUCGAGGCCCAGGUGGAGGAGCGGAGGCGGCAGAGGGAGCAGGAGGAGGCGAGGAGGAGAGAGGAGGAGGAGGAGGAGGAGAGGAGGGUGAGACGGGAGAGGGAGAUGCUGGACAGACGGUACGAGCUGGACUCACUGAGGGAGAAACAGAAGUCGAGCCACCAGGCUGAGGAGCCACAGAGAAGCAACAAUGAUGAUGAUGAUGAUGGUAAACAGCAGGAGAAGCAGGAGCCAAUCGCAGUAAACACCAGUCAGAGUGAGUCUCUGGAGGAGGAGGUCACCAGUUCAUCAUCCCCGUACAGACACACUGCUGUACAGACAGAAGCACCUCCCUCUCUCCCAUCAGACAGAGUUCAGACUCCUGAUGUCUCUGCACAGUACCAGCCACCUCCUCCUCCGUCCACCAACAGCAGGAGCCACCGAGGCCUGAGGACGGGCAAGGAGAACAUCUGUCUGCCAGGAGGAGGAGGAGGAGGAGGAGGUGGAGGAGGAGCAGGAGGAGGAGGAGGUGGAGACCCAUAUGAGGCGUUUGCCAGGACAGACAGGAGCAGGAGAGACAAGAGGAGGCCGGAGUGGAACACACAGAGGCCCAGCCGGAGGUUCGUUCCCGCCUCGGAGCGUUACCCUGCUGCUCUACAGAGGAACAGACAGGAGAACAGACAGAGGAGGCAGGCUGAGCUCCUCGCCCUGCAGGAGAGGACCUGUCUGUCCAGGACCGAGCCUCCUCCUGCUCCUCCUGCUCCUCCUCAGCGCCAGGAGCCUCCUCUCUGCUCCGACCCCCCACAGACCGGACCCAGUCCCUCCAGGAGGGUGGAGGUUGUUUCAGGAGCAGCAGCCUCCAACACUGACAGGAGGCGCUCUCCUCCCGUCCCCACCCUCAGACACAGAGCUCAGAGUCAGCAGGCCUCCUCCUCUACUCCUCCUCCUCCUGCUCCUCCUCCUCCGGUCCUGGACUUCAUUCCUUACGUCCGGACUGAUGAUGUCUUCAACCUGGAUCCACUGGAGCCUGCUAACACCCCCCCACCACACACACACACAGCUCCUCCUCAGAGCUCAGCGUCUCCUCCUGCUCCCUCACAUCGACUCCUUCACCCUGAACUGCUCCGUAACUCACAAACCAGCCGACAGCAGGAGAUCCUCCGAGGCCUGGCUCAGCUACGCCAGGGUUUAUUACAGAAGCAGCGGGAGCUGGAGACCGACCUGAACCCUUUACUGAAGCGCCAUGACAACGAGCACCGGGCGCCAUCUGCAGCUCACCGCAUGUGACCUCCGACCCCUGCUCCGCGUUCCUGAGUCAGGGUGAAGAAUUAACUCCUCAGUGUUUGAAUAACGGAGAACAUUUAACAGAAACAGGAGCUCGUUCUGGAUGUUCAGUGUGUCACAUCGACAGAGUUUACUUGAUCUCUGGGUGAAGCUGAUUGUCUGGAGGUGAAUCUGAUACUGGAUGUUACUACAGAGACGAUCUCCCAAAUGUUACAAAGCACUUUGCAAUUAUGAUAAUUUCACUGUUAAGAACUCUUCAGACUGAGCACUAAGUGUGUUAUUUGGGAAAAUAUUGUUGUUCCUAUUUAUUUACCACUAACAGUUGACCGUCAACACUAAUCUCUACAGAACAAAUGAUUAGACCACAUUGUUUUCUUCAAUUUCUUGUUCAUUUUAAUGGCUGGUACAACUACAUUUGUUUGGACAAAUAUAGUGAUAACAACAAAAAUAGCUAAUGUGAUGACUUUUGUUAUGAUCAAUAAACAAAAUCGGUUGAAGGUGUUCCUCAGGGCUCAGUCUUAGGUCCUCUCUCAGCUGAUUUUAGACA